GUCCUUUCAUUUUACGACUUAUACCUAACUGCGUGUGGCAGCUAUUUUAAAUAGCCUCCGGCUAACGGUUAUUAGCAUAGCAGCAGCUAGUUAGCACCACACUGUUAGCACGGUGUGGUUUACUUUGGCCAGCUGGUCUCUUGGAUCAGUUUUAAAAAUACCCGUGGUUCACAUGACCUUUAGAAGGGUCCGAUACCAGACAAACAAGCGGUCAUAGGGGUUAGCUGUUAGCAUUAUUAACGCUGUUGUAGGCACUGUCUCUUAGUCACGGCGCUGCACUGGUGUGCUGAGAAUAAUAAACUCUUGUUAAAAUGUGUUGUUAUUAUUAUAGGUGUGGCAGAAGUGAUGAUUAAAAAGAAUUGUGUGCACCGCAUGCCAACAAAAUUGUCCCCGAGAGUCGCAGCCCUGCAUUCCAAAAAGGAAGACGAGUACUUCACCAUGAGCUCAGAGGAUGGUGACAUGGAGAACCAGGCUGAGCUGGAAGAGAAGACCAGGCUCAUCAACCAGGUGUUGGAGCUUCAGCACACUUUAGAGGACCUGUCUGCCCGAGUCGAUGCUGUAAAGGAAGAGAACCUGAAGCUGAAGUCGGAGAACCAGGUCCUGGGUCAGUACAUUGAGAACCUCAUGUCGGCUUCCAGUGUCUUUCAGACCACUGACACCAAGAGCAAACGAAAGUAAGGAGACCUUCAGAGAGGCCUGACCUAAAUCCACCCCUCCACCGUCCCUAACAGAGCCCAGACCGUACCAGAGGACUGGACUCACGGACCCUUUAAUACUGCUGAAACCCGUUUCUGUCUCUAACAUGUGCAAAUAAGGGAAUUUGUUGUUUUCGUAACGUGGCUGCAGUGGCCAGUGUUGCAUUCAUUAAAAGAGAAUGUCCAGAAGAAAAAGAAGAAAGGGAGACCUGAUCCAGAGCUGCACAUUAAUAUUAAACCUAACUCACGAGCUGACACACACUUCAGCUGUGUCAGGAAGGACAGCUGGCCUGAAUCCUCUUCUGAUAUCUGAGUGCCUGAAAUCUGUGCAAGUCUACAGAAGGAAAACAUGCUUUGCUGUUUUUCCCACAUAAUGAGUCCUAUUUCAUAAAGUACAGUUCUGUGAGGUGUUUAGCACUUUCCUAAUUUCUUAUUUUCUUUGCAUAUUUGUUACAGAUCAUCAAAAGUUAGACUUUGAAAUGAGUAAAAUGCAGUUUUUAAAUGAUUGUUACACAUGUUAAAGCUCUGCAAACCAACCUAUGUGGGAAAAGUAAUCCCGACUUGAUCCGAUUGAGUGAUGUGAGACACUCGUUGCCACUUAACACAAAUAAUUGACAGCAGUUGUUGCACAACCAGUUAUUUGGUCUUUGGGGGUAAUAACCAUAAGUAGGGACAGAAAGGUGGGUUUGUAUCGUUUAUUUCCCUUAAAUAAUCUAAUAAUCAUUUAAAAACUACAUUUUAUAUUUGCUCCGGUUAUCUUUGUCUAAUAUGAGCGUUUGUUUGAUCUGAAACAUGUAAGUGUGACAAAUAUGUAAAAGACCUCAGGAAGUUGGAGGAACACUUCUACACGACACUGUCAAUCCCAUUUGUUCUUCUGGAACAUCUAAAUGAUGAGAUACGAUUCAAGCAGCUGUCACCUGGCUAACUGUAACACCAACUCUGUGGACAUCACAGUUAGUCAGUUCAGUUAUGUUUGCAAACUCGUGGCACACAAACAGGAAACCGGUGAGAUACCUGGAACUAGACUUUCUAGAAUCCUGUUGUGUAAUGUGUUGAUGUAAACAAAGAAACCAGACCCAAUCAGUGAGUAAGACGGGCUUCCUGUUUAAGCGACGAUGACUGCUUUGAGUUUCAGAAGACGUAAGAGCUCAGCUUUUGUGCCAUGUUCAUAUAUUCAGACUUUGUUUUUUGGCAUUUUGCACACAUACAAAGCAAAGACAAAAGUGCAAUCUUACACUGGCCUUUUGUGUAUCAGCAAACAAGCUGAACUCGUGGUUAGGUUUCCACCUUUAGGAAGCCUGCCGAGGGGCAGCAGUCUUGUGAGCUGUACUGCAUGUACGUUUUGGAGUCAUUAAAUAAAUAAUGGUUUGCUUUUAUAUGGCUAUUCUGUGAGUGUGACAAAAGUCUCGGUGUUUUCAUGUAUUCGGUGCUCACAGAUGUAAAUCAGCGGAAACAAGAAUAAUAGAUUAGCUUCCAGUCAGUGUGGUUAGUGUUACACCUCCUGCAGAUCUUCUGAUACACAGGAAGGCAUCACCGAGGAACUGACACUGGAUUACAAUUGUCACAGUUCAGAUGAUGCUUUGAAAAUACCGGUGACGUUACUGCUCCUGAGCGCUGCACACAGGCCUGACACACAAAAAGAAAACUUCCACACCACAGAUGUUGAAGUGUUUACAUUAAAUUCUGUCUUCUGCUCUCGAUACUUGUUAGUGAGGAGCUUGGCUUGAUCUAAGAUGGGUUUGACACACCUUGUUUUAAUCCUGAGUCAGUGUUGCUGCCAUUGCUACAGCUCCAGUAGAUCUUUGAAUGGCUACUUUAGUUCCAAACCCCUGGUCUUUGUCAUUUCAGCGUGAUGUCACUUCCUCUUUCUUGCUGCUCGGGUUGGGAUUAAACAACACUAGUGGCACUGUUUGAGUUCACAGCUAAAACCAUGAUGUGUCAUUUUGAUUUGAGCCUGUGUGCGCUGAUUGAUGAACUUCUCUUUAACCAUGCUGUAUACUGUUUACAUUUUGUUCGAUUGCCAGUUUGACUUGGCAAGUCUUAGUUAAAUAAAGUUACGAUCUUUUCA